CUUAUUUUCGUUAGUCUGUAGUCAACACGCGUCGAAGUUGCACGUUUGGUAUUAAUCGAACGGUUUUUAUUGUGUUGUUUUUCGUGUAUUGUGCAAAUUAGUAAUAUACAGUGACUGCAUUUAGCGAACGUGAAGUGUUUUUUAUACUUUCGUUUUGGCGGAAAAAUUUCUUUUUUUUUUGACAGGUGUUUAUGCAUACUGCCAGUGCUUUUAACAUCCAAAACCUUGAUGAACGCGAGCCAAAUUAUUAUUUACAAUUGAAAUGUUUAACUUGCAGUGUUAUAGAGUACACGAAAUAAUAAGAAAAGACUAGAAGAAUAUAAGUGUAAUAAUAGUGUCCAAGAAAAAGCAUCAAAGAUGAUGACUAUAAGCGAAAGUCAGUAUUCGUCGAAUAAAAUGUCGAGUAUUCAUAAAAUAAACGAUCGUGUGGUCCACAAGGAUAGUUUCGACGAUGUCAAGAGCUCUUCCAGUGUCAACAGCACGUUAGUCACAAAGCGAGGCUUCAAGCCUUCGGAUAUGUACGACCCUCAGAAGAAGGAGUUCCUCACAAACCUCAGUUAUAAGUUGUUCCCUGUAAGUUGGAAUGAUGCAGAGGUUCGAGAACUUCCCGAAACAGUACCGCUGGAUAAUACAUCAGAGGACUUGGAGAACAAGCCGGUGAUAGUGGACGGCAAGGAGGUCGACUUGAACAAGAUCUUCACGCCCGCGCCUGAUGCUGAGGAGCAUCUCAUCAAGAAAGAUCGUAAAUUCGAGAAAACAUUCGCAUCAUCAGGAUUCUACGUGCCGGGCGUGCACCCCACCGUGCAGCAACAGAUGGAGCUCGCGCGCGUCAUCUCGCGCUCUCUGAGCGACGCCAGCAACCACAGCAGCCGCGGACAGAACAUGUACGUCAACCGCAAGAAGAGAUCCGUCAAAUGGGUGCAUGAAGGACGAGGUCGCAACACAUCGAAUAUGAAUUCGACACCUACACCGGUAGCUAACCACGACACGCCAUACCGUCCGCCAUCGAGCUUACGCAAUCAGAAAACUUACCCAAAAUCAGCACUCAAACACACAUCGAAUCUGCCGAAAAUGGAGCCAUUCCCGGUUUCCCCGCCAACAAUAACAUUACAGAAUAUCGAAGUACCCGUGCCUUUGGCGCCAACUAAACUAAAUGAUGUCUAUGCUUCGCCGAAAAGCCCGCGCCUGCCGCUUGUCUGUGGUCCGAAUUUCAACGUCGCGCCGCGCGGCUGGGGAGAGAUGCAAGAUUACUACCGCCCCGUGUCGCUAGAUGGCGUUGGAUCAGCGGGCUACACAGAUUAUUAAUUUUUAUAAUAAAAACUCUUCUUUGUUAUUUAUAUUUAGAAAUAAUUUAAAGUGCCUUACGACGCUAUACCAAAGGGAAAAAGCAUUAUUUUUAUAACGAAGAGUAUACGAUGGUUAAAAAAUAUAAAAAUUCCGGUAAUAAGUUCCAGUUUAACAUUAAAUAAUCUGUGGUCAAAUAAAACGAAAAAUCACAAUUCAAAUUGCUUCUGUAAGAGUUUAUUUGUUUAGUUUCUUUUUAGUGAACAAAGUUUUGGCGAUUUUUGGCAUUUAGUUCUCUAUUGUUAAGAGACAAGACAGAAAGUUGGUUUUACCAUAUUGUUUGUCAUCAAUAAUUGUGCCUACAUUUUCUUUUGGACAUUUAAAUGUUAUGGUAUAACAUUUUUAUUUUAAAACAUCAACAAAAUGUCAAAUUAAACAUUCUUUCCUUCCUGAAUAAUGAAGAUUCUUCUUACGCUAUUUAUUUAGUGGUUCAGGACAAUAUAUUAUUUUAAUACAUUUUUAAUACAGAAACAAAUCAACUUUUGUGUGAUCGAAAUUUUAGAUAAAAAAUGACAUUUCUGGAUAAAAUUUAUGUUUACCUUUGCCUAAGAAUGCAUUUGGGUUAAUAAAAAAUACAAAUGUUACUUAAUUUUCCUUUGUUUCGUUUAAAUAUAAUUUUGUUAGAGCGCGAGCACACCUUUGACUAAACUUAUGGAGGUUACACUACUCGAUUGUUAGUUGUGCAACUAAACAGUUGUAGUAACUGCGAAACAAUCGACAAUCGCACAGUUAUGCGAUAGUUUAGUCAAAUGAGUGCCCGCUCUUAGUCUUAAAACUAGUCAAGUUUAUUACAUUUGUGGUUAAUUUUAUUACAAAUUGUUAUUUAUUAACUGUUUACCGUUGUCUAAACUAACAAGAAAUAUUUUAAUAUAAUCUUUAUAAUUACAAGUACAUUUUGAUUUUUUUAUUGUAGUUUUAAAUAAGGUUGGCAGUAUGCGAGCCUUACUUGUCAAUGUUGCCAUACUGUAUUUCGUCAGAGUUACAAUAAAGUA